UGAAUGCGUAUUUGGUAUUGACUAUGUGAAAGCCUUUUGCAUUAUUGAGGAGAAGUUUGUAGCAGAGCGCCUCCUUUGAUCGUCGCUGAACGAACGACGUGCUGGCAUCGACACUCGGCCACGUACCGUGAUUGCGCUGGCUGGUAUACAAAGACUUCAAGCAACUACCAACCCUUUGCCUUCCUUUUCAGGUUUCUUCGUCACAGGAGCUUUACAAAAUCAGCAAAUUACUAUGGCAACUUUCACUGAACGUUACGGCGAAGAGCUUUCACACUUUUGUAAAAACGAUGAUGUACCUUCUUUUCGCAAUUGGGCAGAGCAGCGCAACGACAACGACUGGUCAGACUUCCUGAGAGUGUCGACACAAUUUGACGCAGCUCGAAUCGCCAAAUAUUGCCUACAGCAAGGUGCAAGUCCCAAUCUAUUGGUGCUCUCAUCGAUGGCGGCAUGUGGCGCCGAGCACGUUCAUCGUGUGCUAAUAGAAAACGGGCUCAACAUCAACGAGUACAUUGAGAUCUGGAAAGACGCCCUCGCAGCUGCAGUCAAGCACAACAACAUAAGCUGGACAAAAUUCUGCCUGGACAAAGGCGCCGAUCCUAACCACGCUAAGCUUGACGAUUAUCGCUCGCUGCUGGCCGAAGCAGCUGGCAACGGCAAUAUUAGCAUUAUGCGACUGCUGCUGGACCAUGGCGCAGAGCGCAAGAAGAGCGGCGCAUUAAUCUAUGCGGCGGAGGAAGGCAAUGCAGAUUCCAUCAAAUUCCUGCUGGAUCAAGGCCUUGACAUUAACGAAAUUGGAAUCGAAGAACCGACGGACCCACGCUCGUUAGAAGAUGUCGGUACAGCACUGCACAAGGCGAUCGAGGCACACCCGGAGCUGGUAGGUCUGCUCCUUGCUACUGAUAUGAAUUCCAAGGAUGGUUAUGGUAGAACGCCAUUUGAGCUAGCAGAGCAACUUGGGAGGACCGAGAUCUUGGACAAGCUUAUGCUGUACUAGUACACUUUACGAAAUUCCUCUUUUUCCACAAGCUGAUCCUCCUUGUUGGAGGUAAAAGCUUGGGGUUAGGCGACAUGGCCGGCCGUCCCUAUCCAAAAUGUCCAACCUAUCCAAAAUGAUUGAUUUGAUUUGAUUUGUUCUGUUAGGCUAUUCACAGUGUCCGUAUGAGCCGUCU